GCGACCUUCCAUAGCCGGCCGGUACCGAUGGAAAGCGCUCACUCCUUCAGCAUAUGAAGCUCGCAAGGCUGACAAUGUCCAUGCUUCUAAACCUCCUCAACACAACCUGCAACUUCAUCCACUCAGCUAGAGAGAAACAUCAAACCCCGUGUCAAAAUUGAUUUGCAUUGUAUCUCGGAAACCCGAUUGUAACAAUGGCGAGCCAAUCUACUAUCCGGUCCAUCAAGAGCGUCAUUCCUCUGCUGGACCGUGUGCUAGUGCAGCGCUUCAAGCCAGAGGCAAAGACUGCGUCAGGCCUCUUCCUCCCUUCUUCGUCGACCACCUCGCCGCUACCGGAAGCGCACGUCAUCGCAGCAGGGCCAGGCGCGCUCGACAAGGACGGAAAGACGAUCCCGAUGCAGGUCAAGGCUGGCGACAAGGUUCUGCUCCCGGGGUGGGGUGGCAGCGCGAUCAAAGUAGGGGAGGAGGAGUACCUUCUGAUUAAGGACAGCGAAAUUCUGGCCAAGCUGAAUGAGUAGAAAAGUUCUAGGAGGGUAUGGCGAGCCUGAAGAGUGCCAAGGUAGCACGGGUAACCUCGCUUUGGACGUACCCUCUCCAGCAGACAUCACAUCAACCAAAUGUAUCAUUUAGUGUGCAAGUCACCAGGAAUGAUGCUUCACCGCUCCUAUAGAUUGCAUGUUUGCCCAUAGCGUCCUAAUGCAAGCGGAUCAGAUACAGUAA